AUGGCCAUUGCCGGUAGCGGGAGCGGCAAUUCGAAGCCCGCCGCCAGCAUGAAGUCUGUGUCUCGGUCGUCCAUGGCCGGCCUCCAAUUUCCUCUCGGCCGCGUCACCAGGUACCUUAGGGCCGGCAAUUACGCACAACACGUCAGUACCAGCGCCCACGUCUACCUCGCUGCUGUCAUUUCUUUCUCUUUGAUUCAGACCCUGCAGCCUGCCGACAACGCAACACGAGACAACAAGAAGAACCGGAUCGUGCCGCGACACAUCCAGCCAGCGGUGUGCAACGAUGAGGAGUUGAGUCGAUUGUUGUGCGCGUUCACCAUCGCCGAUGACGGGAUGAUGUCCGGGAUCCACACCGUGCUCCUCCCCAAGAAGGCCGACAAGGCCAAAGGUGACAUCCACCGGAAAGCAUCCUAGCACCCUACGGCACACGGUUAUCUGUAGUGUGUGCGAUGCACCCCGUAUCACACAC